AUGAAAAAGUGGGGCGGCGCCACCAAGCGCUGCAUCUCCACCAUCACAUUCACCACCGCCGCCGGCCGCCAGCUCUCCUGCGGCGCCGCCGCCGGCGCCGCCGUUGCCCCCGCGCCCGCGGCCGGCCGCCGCCGGGAGCUGCUGACGGCCCCCGCGCAGCCCGCGUCGGCGAAGCCCGGCAAGGCGCCCGCCUGCAUGAAGAAAGAGACGGCCAGCGGCAACCCCAUCGGCGCCCUCUGCCAGAUCGCCAAGCGACGCUGCGCCAAGAACGGCAAGACCGGCGCCCUGAGCCUCAACUUCAUAAAGCCCACCUGGGGGUACCAGGGCAGCGAGUGCGCCUUCGGCCCCGAGCAGGUCGCCUGGACCUGCCCUCAGUCGCUCCCAUGCACAACCCCCGGCGCGCAAGUGCCCCUUGCUGGCCUUUGCACCUCGAACUUGGCGGCUGGCACAGUCGUCUACUCGGUUGGUGGCGUCAUCACCGCGACCACGACCUGCCCCGCCACCGGCGCCAUCAUCGUGACGCCGUCCCUGCUGCAGGCCGCGGGCGUGGCCGAGGCUUGCCGCGUGACCGGCCCUACCAUAGCGCUCGCCUCGGACGGCAGCACCGGCGGCGGCGGCGGCGGCGGCGGCGGCGGCGGCAGCGGCGGCGGCGGCGGCGGCAGCGGCAGCGGCAGCGGCGGCGGCGGAGGUAGCGUAGGCACCGACGGCACAGGCUCUGGUGGCAGCACCAACAACACCGGCGGCUUGGGCAGCGGCACCAGCACCAACAGCACGGGCAACAGUGGCGUCAACGGUGGCAGCGGCAUUGUGACUGACGACUCUGACAGUGGGACCGGCAGCAACAGCAGCAGCGGCAAUGGCACUGGUGGCUCUGGAACUGGCACAAACGGCACCGGCAGCAGCAGCGACAGCAGCACCAGCACUGGCAACAGCAAUGGCACUGGCUCUGGCACUGAAACCAAUGUCAACACCAGCAGCAGCAACAACACCGGUGGCUCUGGCACUGGCGGCUCCAGCACUGGCACCAAUGGCACCAGCAGCAGCGGCAACAGUAGCAGCGACACUGGCACUGGCUCUGGCGGCUCCGGCACUGGCACCGGUGGCGGUGCCAACACCGGCAGCGGAAGCUUCGUUUGUGACCCCCCCGUCCCAACCUGCGUCCCCCCGGCCUGCGCCGCCGGCGCCACGGUCGCGCUGGCCGGCGCGUGCCGGCCCGAGGACGGCUUUGCAUGGAUAUACCUAGUGAACAACCAGCCUGUGAACCAGACCGCCUGCCCCGCCCCCGGCGCGGCGCUGGCUGUCACCCUGAGGUCUGUGGAUGUCCAUCAAAAGUGCACAUAUGAUGACAUCCCCGCGAUCUUCAACCUCACCACCCCCAACCAGACCGUCCAGAGCGGCGGCGGUGGGCCCCUUGACGGCUCGAAUUCCAGCACCUCCUGCCCGACUCCGGCAUACACCUGCACGGCGCCCGCCUGCAGCGCCCCCGGAACUUCCAUUGACCUGACCACCGUUUGCACCUCCUCCAACGCCAACAUCACUCUGAGUUAUAUCGUGGGCGGCGCGGCGGCCACAACGGCCGCCUGCCCCCAGCCUGGGGCGGAGCUCAGGGUUUUCGUCGAGCCCCGCAUUCCCCUGAAACCUGAGUGCACCUACAAUGCGACACUGGCCUUCAAUGUGACAGGGCCGCCCGCCCCCCAGCAGCCCGCCUGCCCCACGGCGCCCGCCUUCAGCUGUGCGGCUCCACCAGCCUGCGGCGUGGCUGGUGCGAAAGUCAGCCUCGAAGGCAGCUGCAGCAGCGCAGCUGCCCAGCUCGUGUACCUGAUUGAUGGCGCCCAGGCCGUGUUCGCCACCUGCCCCGAGCCCGGGAGCGCCCUGGCAGUGUCCGUCCGCCCUGUCCUUGCCGGCAGCACAGACUGCCAGUACAACGCCACCGCCGCCUACACCCUCUCAAGCUCCUGCGCCUCGGCCGCGUCUGCCCAGGCCAACUGCCCCGGGACCAACAUCCCGGUGUGCAAGGCGCUCUCACAAGUGCUACCCCUUGCCGGCGUGUGCACCACCAACAUCGACGGCGCGUCAGUGUCAUACCUGGUCAAUGGGCAGGUGGCCACCAACGUGACCUGCCCCUCCCAGCUGGGCCAGCCUGGCGUGUCGGUCACCCCCGUCGUCUCAGGCCCCGUCGGCUGCACAUACGGCGAUCAGAGCCCCUUUGUUGUGCAGCCGUACACCUGCCCAUCAGCUGACACCAUCAACAUCACCUGCAGCAGCCUGCCAGCCUGCCAGUACGCGGGCCAGGUCGUGCAGACUGACGGCCUGUGCACAGCGACAGGCGCCAGCGGACUCAGCGCCGUCACCCUAGUCGACGCGGGCGGCGCCGCGGUCCCGAGCGUCACCUGCCCGGCCGUCGGCGCGAGCCUGGCGCUGACGCCCGCCGCUCACCUCAACAAUGGGACGGAUCAGUGCAAGUACACCGGGAGCCCUGUCACGUUCACAUCAACGUGCCCCGCCCGCGGCUCGGUUCAAAUCACCUGCUCCGCCGCGCCGACCUGCGGCUAUUCCGGCGAGCCCAUCGCGCUGAGCGGCGUCUGCAACACCACCACCGCCGGCGCCGUGGUGACCUACAAAGUGAAUGGCCAGCCCGCUGUGAGCGCUGAGUGCCCGGAGCCCGGCAGCGGCUUGGCCGUGGCGGCGUCUGUGGAGGAUUACCUCGGGUCGUGCAACUACGAGGGGCCGAGCUUCACCAUCACCUCCUCCUGCAAGGGCCCCGAGUUCAGCAAUGCCUUCAGCUGCAAGGCCCCCAAGUGCUCCCUUGUCGGCGAGGUCAUGCAGCUGCCCGGCAGCUGCACAUCCCCCCUCGGCCCUGUCAAGUACUUUGACGCGGCCGGGGCAGAGAUCACGACUGUCACGUGCCCUUCGCGGCAGGUCGACCCUGUCGUGGUGGAGCCGAGAGUCGUGGGCGCCGCCGGCGGCGCGGCGGCCUGCGCCAACAAGGGUCCCAAGUUCAGUGUCACUGCCCCCGCCUGCCCCGACCCCUCCAUCCUCAAGCUAACCUGCACCCCAGUCACGUGCAACAAGGCGGGCGAGAAGGUGCCGCUCGCGGGCAGCUGCACCAGCGUCGUCGCGGGCGCCAAUUUCACAUACUACGUCGACGGCGCCGCGGCGGACAGCGUCACAUGCCCCACGCCGGGCGUGAGCGUGCGCGUGGAGCCCUCUAUGGAGUCGUGCUACGGCAUCCCCUCCUGCUCCUAUCCCGCGGCCGGCUACACGCUGACAUCAUCCUGCCCCUCCAGCGCCACCGCCGCCUUCACCUGCUCAACCGCUGCCUGCUCGCGCCCCGGUGACGUCAUCCCCCUCGACGGUCUCUGCUCAAACGCGCUGAAGUGCGCCAAGAUCGUGUACACCGUCAACGGCGCGCCCGCCACGCAGCUGACGUGCCCCUCUGGCGGCGGCUCCGCAACCUUAGUCGCGUCAAUCGCGGGCUUCGGCGGCAACGCGGCGUGCGGGUACCAGUCUUCCCCCAUCGUCGUCUCAUCCACAUGCGCCAACAUGGGCCCCGCGCCCCUGUCCUGCAACAAGAUCGUCUGCCCGACCGCCGGCGCCGUGGUCAAGCUCAAGGGCAGCUGCACCUCAGGCGUCGCGGGCGGCGUGAUCUCCUAUGAGAUUGACGGCAAGCGCGCAACCUCGUACACCUGCCCCCACCCCAAGCGCCCGACAAUCGUCACGGCCACCGUCUCCAAAGACGGCUGCCAGCACACCGCUGACUUUGAAGUAGCAAGUACAUGCUGGUCCGAUCAGCAGGCCCAACCCUUCUGCGACCCCACGCGCUGCAAGCCCGGCGAGUCCGUCGCCCUCAACCCCGAGACCUGCAACUCCGAAAUCAAGGACGCGGGCACCUGGACUUUUGCGCCCGCCGGCCCCGUGACCUGCCCCGCCAGCGGCAAGCUGACUGUGGACGCGACCCUGACGGUCCCCUCGCCGCUGGCGGGUGGUGGGUCAUGCACGUUUGCAACGACCAAGCGCAUCGUCGCCAAGGGAAACACGUACCACGGCGGCAAGGGCAAGGGCAGCUCCGGAUCCAACAACGACGACAACAACGACGACAACGACGACGACGACGACUCAAACGACUCAUCUGGUGACUCUGGUUACCACGGUGGCAAGGGUUACCACGGCGGCAAAGGCAAGGGCAGCAUUGCUCCUGGCGACAACAGCAACGAUGGUAAGGGCAAGGACGCCAGCGCCCCUGGUGGCAGCAGCAACGACGGCAAGGGCAAGGACGGCAGCGCCGCUGGCGGCAGCAGCAACGACGGCAAGGGCAAGGACGGCAGCGCCGCUGGUGACAACAGCAACGACGGCAAGGGCAAGGAUGGCAACGCCGCUGGCGGCAGCAGCAAUGAUGGCAAGGGCAAGGAUGGCAACGCCGCUGGCGGCAGCAGCGACGAUGGCAAGGGCAAGGACGGCAGCGCCCCCCGCGGCAGCAGCAAUGAUGGCAAGGGCAAGGACGGCAACGCCGCUGGCGGCAGCAGCAACGAUGGCAAGGGCAAGGAUGUCAAUGCCGCUGGCGGCAGCAGCAACGAUGGCAAGGGCAAGGACGGCAAUGGCGCUGGCGGCAGCAGCAACGAUGGCAAGGGCAAGGACGGCAGCAGCAGCAACGGCAAGGGUAAAGACAACAGCGCAGCCGCCAGCGACAGCAGCAGCAGCAGCAGCAGCGGCGGCAGCAGCAGCAGCAGCAGCAGCAGCAGCAGCAGCAGCAGCAGCAACGGCAAGGGCAAGGGCAAGAGUAGCACCGCUGCUGCCGACACCAGCAGCCAGGCGUCAUCCGGCAUUAAAGCCUACCCCUUUUUCAAGGGCGGCGACUCUGCCACCGCCAGCACAGGCAGCCGCAGGCUGCUGCUUACUCGCCUUCGGUGA